ACGUAAAUAACGUCAAAUUUCAUUUCAGAUGUUAUGAUUUCAUUUUUGAGGUUAUCAUACAAUUUCGUUUAAUUUAUAUUGUGAUUCAGUUUAAUAACAUAAUCAUAAUAUAUUUACCAUGACUUCUGCAUUAAUAAGUGCUAUCAAAAGACUCCACAUUUCGGUGGUGCCACAAGUCAGGGUAUUUUCAUCAAACGCCGCAGCUGCUGCAACAGCGAGCGCAAACAACUUGUCUAUUACUAAAAAGGACUGGGCUUUCCAACCUCAGUACACAAAACCCCGUGAAGUAUGGAUUGAGAACUUGGAUACAGUAGAAGAACAGAAAUUGGGAUUAUUUGAACUGCAUCCUUCGGUGUUCGCAGCUCCUCCACGAAUCGACAUUAUAAACCAGAAUGUUGUCUGGCAAAGGAAGAUUAGGUUCGUAUCGUGGGCUCAUACGAAAACUAGGGCCGAAGUGCGAGGUGGAGGUAGGAAGCCAUGGCCACAGAAGGGUUUAGGUCGCGCUCGCCAUGGAUCAAUUCGUUCUCCAUUAUUCCGUGGAGGUGGUAUAGCGCACGGACCUCGUUCUGGUAAGACCCAUUUCUUUAUGCUACCCUUCCACCUCAGACUACAUGGCCUUACUACUACUUUGUCAGCUAAGUUGGCUCAAGAUGAUCUGCAUAUUGUAAAAGAUUUGGAACUGCCAACGGAUGACCCUGAGUAUCUAAAUGAAUUAAUAGAAAAGAGGAACUGGGGACCUUCAGUGUUGCUAGUUGAUGACACCGACUUAGCACCUAGGAAUAUAAUAGCAGCAUCAGACACACUGGGUCAUAUCAACAUUAUGCCAGUAUACGGCCUGAAUGUGUACUCCAUGUUAAAACAUGAUACUCUGGUACUAACAUUGUCAGCAGCAGAAAAGAUCGAAGAACGACUUCUACAUUGGCUGCAUGCAAAUACAAUGAAAGAACAACAACCAUUCAAAUUGAAUCAGGUUUAAAUUUUGGAAAGGAAGACAUUUAAUUAUU